AUGAGCUUUGAUGUUUCCUCAAACUCCAAAUAUUCAAGUAGUAGAAAUUCCAAAAAACAGGCUCGAGAUGCAAAAAUUACUAUAGAGUUUGAUGAUAAUGGCCAACCCUGCAAUGACGAAACAACACAGCUUUUGAGUUGGAUAGGGGUUAAAGCUCGAGAUGCAAACUUGUUACCCCUAUCAUACUUAGAUUGGAGGAAAAUUCCCCAACAAAACAAAGAUGAUGCUGUGAACAAGAUAUAUGAAAAAUUUAAUAUCCCAGAAGAUAAAAGGAAAUGGGUUGAAAAGAAAUUGAGUAAAAGAUGGAGGGACUUUAAGCACUUAAUAAAGUCAAAUGUGUUUAAUAAGUACUCGACACAUGAGGAGAGGCUGGCUCAUCUAGAUGCUCGUGUUCCACUAGAACAAUGGAACAUACUCCUCGAGACAUGGAGUCAGGAUAGUAGUCAGAUAAUAUCGGAGCGUAAUUCUAGACAUAGUUCCAACCGGGAAUAUUCGCAUACCACAGGAAAGACUCCUUUCGCUGUGAUUCGAGAGAGGAAGCGUAAGGAGCACCCAGAUGGAUUGCCUCCCUCUCGUAUGGAGCUAUUCAAGACGACCUUUACAAAGAAAGAUGGAUCUUCUGCGUACCCCAUUGUAGAGAAGAAGAUUGCUAAAAUGGAUGAAAAGCUUAGUAAAUUACCUGUUCAAAUGCGUGAUGACAGUGACAUGCAAGAUAAAAUCUUCAGGGAAACUAUAGGUGAAGAUACUCAUGGAAGAGUACGCAUGUAUGGAGUUGGAUUAACUCCGAAACAGAUUCAUGGGACAGCAGCAAAACGCGCUGCUUCAUAUUCCCGAGAGAAUGCACAGCUGCGGACUCAUUUUAUGAUGUUGCAGGAAACUAUCAAUGAACAUAGAGCAGAGAUAAAUGAAUUGAAGGAUAAAUAUGAAAUGCUCCAAGCCCAAAUGGAAAAGUGUUUGCGAGUCAUGAAAGGACAACAAUCUUAG